AUGUCAAGUCUACAAUAUUUAAUUGAAAAUUGGGAGCAAAUUGGAAAUCAAUUAUUACAUCAAUUUAAAGAUCAACAUUUUCUAUUAGCUGCUUUGAAAGGAUUGAGAAAUGGUGUUGUGUGAGUUUUUUGAGUGAAAAAAAUUUAGGAAAAAAACUGAUAAAAAGUCCAUAAAUUUUAAAAUUCUCGGCUGAUUAUUUAUUGAUUUUCCGGUUUUGCGAAAAAAAAAUUUCGUGACAUUUUUUAAAAAAAAGUUUAAAAAAUUCUUCAAAAAAUGUAGAGAAGUCUUGACAGACAGAAGGUUUUCAGCUUUAAAACAUGGAUUUCUGAGUUAUCAAAAAAAAAAACAAAAAAAAUUGCAGAUAUGGAGUUCGGAUUCGCGCGCCUCACGCAUUGGUUAUGGUUUUCUUGUUUGGUGAAGGAACGUGAGUCCAAAAAUUCAAUUUCAGGUCAAAGUGAACCUCCAAAUUUUAAUUUCAGGUUGAUUCAAAAGCUUUUGACAAUUAUUCGACUCACAAAAACACACGCUGUAAAUUUGGCAAAAUUUGUGUUUUCCUAUAAAUUACUGCACGGAUUUUUGGCGAAAUUGGAAGGUGACAAUAUUUUGAAAUUUUUUUUUGAAAUUCUAAAAUUUCAAUUUAAUGACCGAAGAGUUUUAAAUUUUCAAAAUGAGAAAAUAAAAAUAAAAAAUCUUCAAAAAAUUUUGAAACGUGAACUAGAAAAUAAAAAAAUUAUAUUUUCAUUUUCUGAUUUUUAAAAAAUAAUUCUCACUACUUUCAGGUCGUCAAAAAGAAUGGCAUUCAUUCGCCGCCGCUUUUAUCAUGGGUUAUUUUGUUUUUGGUGAAAAUAAUGCUGUCAAUAUGCAGGUAAGCUUUUUAGUCGAUUUUUCGAGGGGGAAUUUUGGAUUAGGCUAUGAUUUUGGUUGAAUUUCUUUGAGAAAAAUUAAUGAAAUGUAUUUCAAAUCAUUACUUUGGAAUUUGCAAACCUACAAUAAAAUUGAAACAUUUCGCCACUUCAGAAUAUUUUCUAACCCUCCAAUAAACUUCACACUUUUCCAGAUCAAUCUAUAUCUUCUUUCUCGAAUUGUUGUCGGUCUCGCCAAACUCGCUGCAAAUCGUGAAAUAAUUCCCCAACCAAAUUUCCCAGUUUUUCCAUGGUUUGGUGCCGUUGUUUGGGGUGUUGUUUUGUGGCUUUUCGAACAUCAUUCAAGUGUUCUUCAAGGAUCCCUUCAAAAAUCAAUGACUUAUUUGUAUCAUGAUUCGAAUAUUUGGAAAGAUAUUCGUACUUUUAUUUUGCAAAAUAAGUAG